UUGGUUCAAAAAUUCACCCAUCCGCAGCAGAAUGUUUAAAAAAGUCACCCAAUCCAUAGUAAAUCAAAUGGAUCCAAGAGGAGACCUGGUCCCAGUUUACAGCAUCUUAGACCAUGAACAUUUCAGACCCCUCUGUCUAGUGAGAAGAAAAAGAAAAGCCUUAUUCCGCCCAUCUCCUGGCUACAAACAGACAUGGUACAGACUCGACGACGUACUGCUGCCAGGAGAAGACGAUAAAAGCGCAGAUUCCCUCUUUCCCAACGGAGACGGCCAAGAUUCAAGGCAAUUUACAGUCAAAAAAAGCGUCAGUGACAGAGUUGAUGGGAGUCUAAGCCUUUGCGUUGAGCCUAUAAGCGUAGAGCUGAAAGGAGCUACCUCCUUGUCCAAAGGGUGGUCCAUCAAGCUGGAGAAGAACCACAUACCCGUACCAAAACUUGAGGCACUGAAAACAGAAAGAAAAAUAAAUGCGAAUCACUCCUUCAUUCAACAACUACAGAAAAUAGACCAGAACUUAUACAUAGUUCACGAAACAAUAGAAACCUCAGAGGAGGCCACCUUCGAGGAAUCCACCACGGCGGAGGGGAGCUUCAUGACCCAGCUUUACGCCAAGUUUCAUGCGAAGGGCACCAGAGAGAACAAACAAAGCAUGACUAUACCCAAGAGCUGCACGCUGGCGUUCAGGGCAAUCCAGCUGGCCAUUACAGACAGGUCAUGGGGUCUUCAAUAUUUCCCAAAACAAAGCAGAUCAGUGUUCGUAUCUGACGGUUCCUCACAAGAAACAUUAGGAGCACUGAGGGUAGAAGUUAAAGAGAAUUGUCAAAUUCUCUCCAGCCUGUCUUCUGACCUGUUUGUCAUAUUUUUAAAAGCCAUCAAAGCUGUGAUGAGAGACAGGAACCUCUUUCAAGAACUGACCCAGAAAAUGGAAGCAGUUCUUGAUGAAACUGGUAGUUGUGAGCUGAAAACAGAAAGCCCAGACUUAAAAGACCUGUUGAGCAGCUUGCAGUAUUCUUCAAGACAACUUCUCCUUAAGCUGGCAGGAGCAAUCACCUACACUCUUGACGCGUUAGAUGAGCUAACGGAGGAUCAGCUGCUGCUAUUGCUAGAGUCUUUGGAAGAGAAGAUUGUGUCCCAACAGCUUAAGCUGGUUGAGAGCAUCUUGGAACACGACAUAGAACACGGGAAGGGGCAUUUCAGCGUGGAUGCCAGCUUGCUCUCCUUCUCACAAGAGAAGGAACAAAAAUUAACCAUUGCAAUGGUCGAGAUGAGUGGAGUGAAGCUCCAGAAAGACGGAUCUGCUGUCUGUACGGAAAAAGCCUUCUCGGCCAUAGCAGCCCUGUACGUGUCUCUGUACAUUCUCGAUCUUCUGAGUAGCUCGGAUUAGGCUACACACGUCCUCCCGUUAGGGAUGACUUAAAGGGAAUCACUUGACAAUGUAUUUCAAAGUCUCUUACUGCAAGCCAGUUUCUCUCUCCAAACUGUACCCCUACACAGGUGAGGCAUUCCUUAUUCAUGCUCGGUGCCGAUUUGAAAUGAGUCGGAAAAGCAGACUUAAGGCAAGAAAACUCCUUACGGAAACCAGAAGCCGGAUACCAAAAUCGAUUUUUCUCUGCCCCCAUAUGAAUGCAGAGUGCCAACUGAAAAAUCCACUAGCCCAGAUAAUCACAAGCCUGUCAGCUGCGCUUCACGUGAUCCUGGUUUUCCUAAAAGACGCUAGCACACGGCCACUCACGCAACCAGUAAGGCACAAAGGAAUAAGUCAGCGAUAAUUCGCUCACCCUGGUCACACCUGCGGUUCACGUGCGACUCGGCAAGCUGCGGGAUCUCACAGCAAUUUAGUGAUGGACGCCUGGUAAAACGGCACCUCCACCGCACCGUUACGCACC